UUUGAAGGCGUACCAACAUAUCCUGACCCGGGCAGAUUUUGGCGUAUUGUUGAGAAGUACAAGGUGUCCAAGUUUUACACAGCACCUACAGCUAUAAGAUCAUUGAUGGGAUUUGGUGAUGAACAUGUUGUCAAAUAUAAUAGAGAUUCUCUAAAAGUGAUAGCAACUGGAGAACCUAUUAAUCCAGAAGCUUGGUUGUGGUAUUACAAUGUGGUCGGCAACAAGAAAUGCACUGUUGUGGACACAUUUUGGCAAACUGAAACUGGAGGACAUGUUAUAUCACCUCUACCUGGAGCCACACCCACAAAACCAGGAUCUGCUACAUUCCCAUUCUUUGGUGUUGUACCUGUAAUACUAAAUGAGGACGGUACAGAAGUGCAGGGAGAUGGAGAGGGAUAUAUUGUGUUUAAACAACCAUGGCCAGGUAUAAUGAGAACAGUUUAUGGAAAUCAACAAAGAUUUGAGACCACCUACUUCAAGAAAUUUCCAGGCUACUAUACAACUGGAGAUGGUGGUCGACGUGACAAAGAUGGUUAUAUAUGGGUGACAGGUCGUAUAGAUGAUAUGGUAAAUGUAUCAGCUCAUUUACUUAGUACAGCAGAGAUAGAAUCAGCUUUAGUUGAACAUAAAGCAGUAACAGAGGCUGCUGUUGUCUCGCAUCCUCAUAGAAUUAAAGGAGAAUGUACAUACUGCUUUGUUACACUUAAACAGGGUUUUACAUUCACUGCAGACCUCUUACAUGAACUACGAGCUCAAGUGAGAACAAAAAUAGGACCAUUUGCUUCACCUGACUUCAUUCAGGAGGCACCAGGACUUCCUAAAACACGAUCAGGAAAGAUUAUGAGACGUGUAUUACGGAAGAUAGCUGUAGGAGACAAGGAUAUAGGUGAUGUGUCUACAAUGGCUGAUGAGACUGUUGUAGACAAACUUUUCCAACUAAGACCUGCCGAUGCCUAAUUUGAACUCUUUAUUUGUAGUUAAACAUCAGGUUUUAACAUUUGUGGGUAAACUAGCAUAAUACCAAACAAAACUGAACAGUUAUUUUAUGCAUAAUAAAAUUUGAUAAUUUCUUGGUAUUUUGGGAUUGAAUAUUAGCUUGAAUAGCAGCAUUGAGAAUAAAAAUUAUGCAAUUUGCACAUUAUGUAUUUUAGUAGUGCACAAUAUUAUAUAGAGGAAAGAUUCAUUGUUGUAACCUGUAACCAAUCUACUGUGUUAGUGUUCUAUUAUGUAUAUUCAUUCUGAAAUAUAUAUUUCUGUUUCCAUGACAAUUUGAAGUGGACCAGUAUUUUUAAGAGUGAACUGUGAUUCAAUAUAUUUGGAAGUAGAAUGCAGUCAAAAUUUAAUAUUCACUUAACCAUUUUUUUUUAUCAUACUUACAUAAUUACAACUGAGUUGUUUAUUCAUUUUCUAAAUGUUCAUUAUAAUUUUUCCUUUCCUGAGUUUGAUUAUUUUAUUUCAAAGAUGACAUUAAAUUUGGCCAGUAUGGUUUUAUCAUCUUUUGAUAUUGACUGCAAAAUAUGUAAUAAACAGAAAUGUACAUCAACCUGAAACUAAAAGACUGUUGAAGAUGGUAUAUCAAAUAAUAAUUGAUGAUCAAAGAAGAUUUAAGAUAUAUAUUAUUCAAUUGAAUUUUCUGAUACAUAUUAUUCAAAUUGAUUGUUUUAUUUUUGUACAGUUUUCAUGUAAAAUUUGUAUUUGUCGGACUAUUAUCCGACUAUAAAUAAAACCAGACAACUUACAUUUUACUACCUAUUUAUGAAAGUUUACAUGUUGUUUUACUCAAUGAAUGUGCAAUUAGUUUCACAUUAUUUUAAGUACAUAGGUGGCAUCUGUAAAUAUAUGUUUAUGAUAUAUAAAUUUAGUAUGAAAUACUUAAUUCUGUUAUUAUUAGGAAAAUCAUCUUUCUAUUAUUCAUAGGCAAAAUCAUCUAUUUUUCCAUGAAUUUCAUGUUGAUAGUCAUAUUAGUUGCCAUAUCAAGUAGUUUUCAAUGCACGUGUUCCCAUUUAAUGUAGAAUUAAAAAAGAAAAUGCACUAAAAUGUAAGAUUUCGACCAAACAGAAAAAUCAUUUUAUUUGAGACUUGUAUAUAAAACAUUGUCUUGUAAAUAUAUAUCAUCAUUGGAUACCCACAGUUGAUUAACAUGUAUGUAAAAAAUCCAGGGGCUGAAUGUUAAUGGUUCAGCCGUGGGUAUCCAAGGAUGAUAGAUAUGUACAAUACAAUUUUUGCAAAUGUAAGUCUUUUGUAAGUUUCAAAUCAGGAUUUUUUCCAGUCCCAGUUGAUUGUAUGAAUACAAUUUAACAUUAAGUACUCUUUUUGUUAAUUCAGAACUUUUUUGGUCCUGUAGAUCUGCCGUUCCUAUGCAGAUUAUUAUAUAUAAAAAUGAAAUGUAUACUAUUAAUAGUAUAAUACAAAACAUAUAAUUAAAUAGAGUAGAUCAUGUAUGUAAGUGUAGUAAACCUAACAAAAAAAGUCCCCAAACUAUAAUCAUGUUAUAGCAUCAUAUAUAGCUGUAGCAAGAUGCAAUAACAAUCCAUACUAAUAUAAAUAUGUAGAUAAUUGUUGUUCAUUUUUGUAGAUUGUAUUUAUUAGUAAAGUAGUUCUUGAUCCAUAUUCAUAAACAUUUGAAGUGUUUUUAAUAUUUAAACUUCGGUAUCUUUUUAUCUUUACUUAAAAGCAGUAAAUACUAUACAAAUUUUAUAACUGGCUGAAUAGUAUGUCUUAUUCAUGUCAAAGUUGAUGUAAAGAUUAAGUGGAGAACAAGAAGUAGAUAUGAUUUCAAUAUGUUAAUCAAUAUGGGUCUGAAUAAACUGAGGGUUGAAAAGUUCCCAUGUCUAGAUGGAAACUGCUUCAAUUUGGUGUUUAUAUUUACUAUGCAAUCUACAAAGAAUGCUUGGAUAUAUAAUGAUCAAGUUGUUUCGAUGUCAUGAAGUAGUUAUUGUUAAGUAUAUUAUAUACAUUAUUAUUGUCCUUUAAUUUGAAUGAAUACCACCAAGUAUUGCACAAGUUUUAGAUAAUGUAUCAAUUUCUUGAUAAAUACCAAAUUUAUUGAAUGUGUGUUAGCAUGUCUAAAGGUUGAAAAGAAGAGCAAUAUACUAUUGACAAAUUAUACAGCGUUUACUAUUACAACAGUGUAAGACUGUCUCCAAAACGUUUAAUUGCUACUUUUUCAGAAAUAUGAAAUAAAAAAAUGUUGAUUGUAUUUGGAUAUAUUUAUAAACCAUGUGUAAAUAUGCCAAGGGAAUGCAAUACAACUAUGGAAAUGUACAGAUUUGCUUCCCCUUUAUUUGUAAACAUUUCCAUCAUUUUGUUUAGAGCAAUGUGUUUUACUUGAUGGUGGUUCGUAAAAAUUCAUAUGUUAGGGAAAUAAAAAGUUCUGCAUACAUGUAGAUAUAAGAACAAUAAAAAUUGAGAAAAAAAUGUCA